AUGGAUCGCAUCGUCGUCGCCGCCGCCGUCGUCGUCGUCGCGAUCGUCGUCGUGCUCGUGCUCGGCGCUUUUCCUGCAUUUCCUCUCGAGCUCUUUGCCAAGCCUCAUCAUCAUUCGAUAAUCAGCGGCUCCGUGAUCUCGAGUUUCGAUAUUUCCCGGGGAAUUUCGUCCGGAUAAAGGAACGCGAUUCGAGCCAGCGGGGCCAGCACCGAGUGUUCUGUUAUCGAGUGCCACUGUGCACCGAAGUAAUCUUGGUUUAGGCGAUUUAUCGCGGUGGAUUAAAGCAUAAGAGUUGAAAGAUAUUUUCACAGCUUCGGAUCAGAGCUGUGCUUGUUCCCUCGAAUCAGCCUACGUCGCGGAGCCGGUUGAGAUUGGCUCGCUCCGGAGAAGGCUGCGGAGAUUCGUAGUUGCGUUUGUCGAGAGUCCGCUAAAUUUUCCACUGCCCGAAGAUCUUUGAGUAUCAAUGACAUUCGAGAGGUUUUAGCGAGCAAGUGGAUUCGCAGAUUCGUCAGAGUCGAGUCGAGACGCCAGUGGCUUUCUCCAGGAGUUCCCAAAGUUCCUGGAAUUAGCGAGGGCUCAAAAAUAAAACGGUGCUGAUCAAAAGAUCGCUCUCGGAUAGAAAGAAAGUUCGCGGGAGUGGAGGAAGCUCCGUUGUGAAAAUCCGGCGAGUCCGAGGUUGAAGGAGCUCGCAAAUAUCGCGACGAGUAUGUAAAAUGCAUGUAUAAACACAGCGCGAGAGCGAGGACUGUGACGGUUUCUCCGUACGCUCUGAGCCCGUCCGAGCCAUCGAGGAGGAGGCAUUUUGUUCGAGCGAGAACAGUCGCUUAGCGGAGACACGGACGAUCGAGCGUCGACAGGAUACCCCGGCUCGUUUCACACUCCUCGUUAAUUUUCCGGCCCCGGUGAUCGGGCUUCGAAUCGCUUGAAAAGCGAGAUGACCACGGCGGCGUAGACGCGAAAGCCGCGGACGAUAAAUCGCUCCGAAAAAUUGGCCGUUCGUCGGGGUUCGGCGAGAGAAACCGGACAAGUUUUCACUCCGGGAUCGAGCAAAAGGGCCGAGGAAACGAGACCGAAUUCGCAGGUGCACCCGAGAAAGCGAGACCAUUUAAAAUACACAUAAAAAUCCACUUUCGGAGGCCCGAGGAAGAUUCCCAGGGAGGAAUAGGGACGAAGAGGACCCGCUGGAAACCGGGCUGAUAAGACUCCCUCGCUCGGAACGAGUUUCGCGCUCCUCGAGCCCGCGCGAAUAACGAGUAGCUACAACCUUCUCGGGGUGGUCGGGAAGAAGCUGCUGUGUAACCGCCCCCCAGCACGUACCUCCGACAUCCGGAGAUCACUUUGAGAAUCUUUCCCAAGAAAUUGGCCUCCCCGAGGCAUCGGACUCCCCGGGCCAUCGAUCAACGAGAUCCUCCAGAAAACAAAAUAUGCCGAGUUGAAGCAACUCUGCAAGUUCUGCCGCUGCCAUUUUGGCCCAAGUGAUACUUUUUGUCGUGUGCUAUUCUAAGUUUUUCUACAGAUAUAAUCCCUUAAUAGAGAGAUACACCGAUCAGUGUACUUCCAAAGUUUCCGACGUUGGAUCUCAAGCUCCGAUACCGAUAAGAUGUAUCAGUCGAGUGGGAAGACGCUCCUCAUCAGCUUGCUAGUGAUGGCGAUUGCGAGUGAUCACGCUGUGCUGGCGAAUUGGUGGUACUUGGGGAUCGAAGCGAGAUUGAGCGGUGGGGCUCACGGCGAAACCGCGGGAGGCCUCGAGAUGGGUCAGUCGCAGCCGAUCGGUGCCGGGGUCAUAGGUCCGGCGAGUGCCGAAAGGAACUGCAAAAGCCCCCACUUGACGACGAAACAGCAGGGAAUAUGUUCGCGCUCGCCUCCGGUCUUGCAGGCUAUCAGUGCCGGAGCGAGGGUCGCGAUCGAAGAAUGCCAGCAUCAGUUCCGAUCGGCUCGAUGGAACUGCUCGAUCAGCCCUGAGAAUCCCGACAAUAUAUUCGGUGGCGUAAUGCUUGUCAAUAGCCGGGAAGCUGCAUUCGUUUAUGCGAUAUCAGCGGCCGGGGUUGCUUACAGCGUAACGAGGGCAUGCUCGAGAGGUGAACUCACCGAUUGUUCGUGCGAUAACCGAGUAAGGGCGCGACACCCCAAUCACUGGGAAUGGGGUGGCUGCAGCGAGGACAUACACUUCGGCGAGAAAUUAUCACGCGAAUGGUCGGAUGGAGGUGAAGAACCGAUCAAAGAGGAAGGGCCACUGGCGGCGAGGGCACUGGCAGGUCAAUUGAUGAGGAAACACGACAGCGAAGCAGGAAGGCGAGCAGUUCGUUCGCGAAUGCAGCGAGUCUGCAAAUGUCACGGAAUGUCAGGUUCCUGCAGCCUCCGAGUCUGUUGGCGAAGAUUGCCGGCAUUCAGGGGAGCCGGCGGUGCGCUCGCUGCUCUGCACGAGGGCGCAGCCCUCGUUCGCCUCGCGCAAAGGGGUGGUCGAAAACCAGCGAGACUACGACCUGCGAGACCAGAUCUCAAACGACCGAACAAAACAGAUUUGGUUUACCUCGAAGAGAGUCCCGAUUAUUGUGAACGAAAUCUCACACUUGGAAUCCCCGGGACCCGAGGACGGAUAUGCAACCGAACGUCCCUCGGCCUGGACGGCUGCAGACUGUUGUGCUGUGGUCGUGGAUAUCAGACGCGGGUCCGUGACGUAACGGAGAAGUGCAAGUGUCGAUUCGUGUGGUGUUGUAGAGUCGAGUGCGAGCUUUGUCGACACACUCGUGAGGAGCACGUAUGCAAUUAAGUGGGAGGAUAAGGGGAAGGGGCAGUCCCCAGGAAUGGAUGCGUCUUGUCAACCCACUCGAUGGCCUCGUUCACGUCGAAGGAUCUUUCUGGAUGCUGUAUACGCGCCUCUCUAGGAUCACCUCUUGAAACGUGACGAAUCGACGAGAGCGAUGAAGUCGUAGCGAGGGUUCAUCAACGUCUUUGUAUCUGUGGAGCGAACUCUGAUUCUUUUGGCACGCGUUGCUGCUGCGAGAGGCUAAGCAAAUCUUCUAUUUCUCGAUGUGCACGGAGAUUCUAGAAAUAUUUAUAAAUUACAUAUAUACAAGCGAAAGAAUAUCGAUAUGAGAUCGACGAAACAUUUGCGUCAAGUCCCUUUCAACUCUCUUUCAAUCAUCGACCUCAAACGAUAAUCAUGCGCCGGCGUGUGCUCAAUUGCACUUUGCAAUCGCCUCGGCUCUUCUGUACGCUUAUUGUAUAAGAUUAUCUUACCAAUUACCGAAUCCGGGGGCGUCCUCAACGAUUCCGCAUUGUUUUCUUCGAAGAAUAUUCAAACCCAACGAAACUAACAGCGCAGUCUGCUCUUUAAACCGAAGUCUCGACUUUUCGGUGGGAUUUCAAAUCGUUUUCAAUAAUAUUGCAAGUUUCGAGUCGCUUCGCGACGGGGGAAAUUCCGUUCUCAUGCUUUUUGGUAAACGAUCGAAAAUUUGAGCCAUCGCAUUUUCACUCCUUUGAUCAACGAAAUAGCAGUUUUUUUCGAUCGAAAAAUGAGGACAAAUAUUUGCCUGUUUAUGGCAUUUCGCUGCAUGCUUAAAGCCUCGUGUAUCCCAAUCGAUUUUGUAGUUUCGAAGAAAUACGAUUUCGAAAAGAUGAGUCGCUGGAAGCCCCCGGAGUCUCAAAAAGACAGUGGCAUUGGUUGAGCGAAAAGAAAGAGAAGCAGAAUGGAGAACUCUGGCCGAAUUGGGUUGAUCGAUUUUUCUUGUACCUAUUUGUAUUCCAUAUCAUCUUCAGGCGAGAUGCAGAACAGCGAUUGUUAUCGAGAACCUUGAAGAAUGACAAUUAGUGACGUUUUGAUAAAAACUUACAUUUUCUCUCGAAAUGGAGACUGAUUUGUCACGUCGCGUCCACUAUCUCGAGGGUGGAGCUCGAGGCACAUGUUUUUGCCAAAUUAACACUUUUUUAAUCGUCGAAUUUUCGAUGCUGCGAACAUCAGCGUACAGCGUAGCAGGAGCUUUGUGAAAAAAUCAUUUCUUUAUAAAUUUAGACAUUUCUUACUCAUUUCUUCGGGAGAAUUAUUAACGGUAAUCGUGAGGGAAAAAAAUCUGGAAAGUUCAGUUACCCUGAAAUUGUACGAACGUUCGUUAUCGGUAAUAAUAAUUUUACUAUGCUAACAGCUCACUUUUUAAACAAUAAAUUAUAAACUGGUCAACUGACAACUUUUAUGACAACACGUUGGUUCGACAAUAACUUUCCUGCAUGAAUACAAAAGUCUUGGGAUAUUCUCAUUUUUCACACUUGUUUUUGCGACAAAAAAUAGAACAGAUCGUCGAUCGACGUUUGUAACGUUUCAAAGAAAGCCAAAUUCGUACAAAUUUUUAACGAGCCAACAAGUUCUAAAAUUUUUAUCAAAUGAAAUAACUAGUGAGGCUGCAAUUGAGAAUUUGGUUACCUGUGAACCGAGGAAAAUCGAUUUUUUCACUAUCUUGUUACCAGUAGCUCAUGAGCGAUAGAACUGCAGUGACAAAGUUGACAUUGAACCAGUUUUUUUUCGUAUGAAUGAGAGCUCGCUGUGAAAAAUCCAAAUCAGCAGCAUCGAUCAUUGAAGAAGUGUUGCCAUAACACAAAAUGUGAAAAAUUACGAAGAAAAAAGUGUGAUCGAAUUGACAUUUCGUCUCCGAUGUUUUUCACGAAGAUUUUUCAUGUGCCCUGGAAGAAGAGAAGCUUUUUAGAAUCGAGUAGCGUCGAGGAUUCGACGAUUGUUUAACAAUUUUUUCUACUAUCGCGAGCACCGAUCCGCCAAUGAUAAUGUACAUAAAAAUCCCCUUCUUCCUUUUUCUUACUAUUCACGAAUAUCUAUAAUAUAAGAUAACGAAUAAUGAAUGUGUAAAUAUUUAUAGAAAAAGGACUGACGUAAUGAUAUUUCUCGCGUAGAUUCGUUUCUUUCUUAGUUAACAGUAUUUUAUUAGUACACCUCACCGCGUAAGAGAAUCGGGAAUAACCCGAUGCCGUAUAACUGGAAUAAAUGAGACAACGAAGAGGACACUUGACCCGUUGUAACAAAGCCCAUCGACCUUUAUCUUUUUUCACUCAUCGACAGAAUUGACUGAGCUUUGAGAGUUUCUAACGAACCGAAACACCUGAAACAAGGAGAGCUCUUAGGACUGCGAUUCACCGGAAGUUCCAGGGCAACCUUUUGUCGCUAAGCCACGAUAUAAUAUGAAUGUGUCAAAUAAGACUAAAUAUGUAAGAAUGUAGCGUUAUAAGACUAUCGUACCGUCAAAUUUUCAUGCAUAAAUCUCAUAUAAAUUCGUCAGUACUUAUCGUGCAAUAGGACGUUCGAUAUUCUCGUACGUUCUGCUAAAAUUAUUCUAAACUUAAUCAUCUAUCAUAAUGAACGAAAUUGGGAAAGGCACUCGUGGCACUUGGUCGCAGAGUUGGCAAAAAAAGUUCAUUUUUAGGGAGGCAUUAACAAUAGCGAAGUUAUCGAGUCGCGGUCAUACACUUAUUAUCCGUAUUUCAACAAGACAAUCGAGUGGUCAUUUUGAAUAACAAUAUUUAUCAAUGACGUGAAAUCUCUUAAUCUAUGGAACUUUUAUUCGCACUAACAUCGUUCAUCAUUUUUCUAAAAACUUAAUGCAUACGACAAAAUCGAAAGGAAAGGUCAUGACGAUCGUUGAGGAUCUUCUGAAAUGUUUGGCUCAUAAAAACCGUGAAAAGGCUUUUUUCAAUAGUAUACAGAUCAAAAUGCGUUUUCUCAUUCCCAUUUUAUCAUGAUUUUCUCAAGGCUUGGUCAAUUAUUUUUCCGCUACGUUUCGAAAUAAAUUAUUCGAUCGAUUGUAUCUCUCGCAUAUUUUCAAAUUCGUUUAAUUCUCGGAAGAUUUUCUAAGAAAACUAAUGAAAAUUUUUAUCGAGAAAAGUGAAAAAAUUUCGUCACGUUUUUCCGAAUUCAAAGUAAAUUACAAAUGUAAAAGGGGCAGUGAACGACGGCAAUUUCCGAUCGACUCGAAAAAUUCUCACGAAAGAAUCACACGAACCGAGAAGUAGUAAAAAUGAAUUAAAAAUACAAGAAGAAUCAGAAAGUUGUAGGAACAUUUUUUAGAAAUUGUAAUUUUCGUCUCUUAGAGCAUUACAGUUUCAACUAAAUCCAGCAAAAGUAGAGCGAAGCAUCUGUGAAUGAUCGUUAGCAUCUGUCUCGUGCGUGCGUCGUCUUCAAAACGAGAAUGAGAUUAUUCGAUUAGCUGUGUGUAUUCGUACGCGAAUCGACUAAGGCGAAAGUAAAUGCCGUAAGAAUUAAGCUAUGAAUUAAUAAUAGCCAGUAAACGUAACGUUAAUAAUAUAAUAUAAACAUACGAUAAAACGUGCGAGGCGAGUACUCGUUUCAACGACGAUAUACAAAGUGCAGUAUUGACAAAUUGUAAUUUAUUUUCCUCACGAUAAAAAAAAAAAAAAGAAGAAAAAAACGAAUGUAUAUGCUUACAUAAACACACGAGCGCA